CGUUCGCGGACAUGCCGAACGGCGUGGCCGCCCUGUCGAAGAUCCCCCCGGCGGGCCUCGCCCAGAUCUUCGCGUUCAUCGGAUUCCUUGAGCUGGCUGUGAUGAAGAACGUGGAGGGCUCGUUCCCCGGAGACUUCACCCUGGGCGGCAACCCGUUCGGGUCCUCGUGGGACGCGAUGUCGGAGGAGACCCAGGCGUCGAAGCGCGCGAUCGAGCUGAACAACGGGCGCGCGGCACAGAUGGGCAUCCUGGCUCUGAUGGUGCACGAGGAGCUGAACAACAAGCCGUACGUGAUCAACGACCUCCUCGGCGCGGGAUACACCUUCAACUAGGCUUCUAGUCCGUGCGUUCUUCAGCCAUUUUGCACCGGUUUUGUUGCUGGGGACGCUCUGUGAAUAGCGGUGUCGUGUUGUGAUUUACGUUUUAAUCGUGAGCUGGGAUGGGAGGAGGGGACCGCCUCUUCCUCCUUAGCUGGUAGCCGAAUGAUGCUAUGAUGCCGGCCGCGCUCUGUUUUCUUUGGGCUCAAUAGAAACAGUGUGUCGGAAGGUGGUUCUUGUCACACACCCUCGUGAGGCAUGCGGUUACUGUUCUCAGGGGAGGGGGUUUGAGGAAGGGGAUUCCUUUGUUGGCGUUCCGUGUCGGCUGCACCUGGUCUUGGCCGGUUGUUGCUGUUGCCCGUCUUGCCCUCCUGUUGUUUUUGUCGAGUCGUAUGAUCAGGUUUUCCCAUGAUGCGUACACUCGAGAGGCGUGCUGCGUCGAUCGCUUCGCGCCUCUUUGAACUGAAUGGGGUCUGUGAAUGAAAAACAAGAUGAAGUCCUGCGGUGUAGCCGCUGCCUGCGUGGCCGGAGCCCAAGCCUUCGUGGCACCCAGCGCGUUCAACGGCGCCGCCGUCGCCACCCCGGCGAAGUCGUCCUCGGCCAUGAAGAUGUCGUUCGAGUCGGAGAUCGGCGCGCAGCCCCCCCUCGGAUUCUGGGACCCGCUCGGCCUCCUCGAGGACGCGGACCAGGAGCGGUUCGAGCGCCUCCGGUACGUGGAGGUGAAGCACGGGCGCAUUGCUAUGCUCGCCAUCGCCGGUCACCUGACCCAGCAGAACACUCGGCUCCCCGGCAUGCUCUCGAACUCGGCGAACCUGUCGUUCGCGGACAUGCCGAACGGCGUGGCCGCUUUGUCGAAGAUCCCCCCGGCGGGCCUCGCCCAGAUCUUCGCGUUCAUCGGCUUCCUUGAGCUGGCUGUGAUGAAGAACGUGGAGGGCUCGUUCCCCGGAGACUUCACCCUGGGCGGCAACCCGUUCGGGUCCUCGUGGGACGCGAUGUCGGAGGAGACCCAGGCGUCGAAGCGCGCGAUCGAGCUGAACAACGGGCGCGCGGCACAGAUGGGCAUCCUGGCUCUGAUGGUGCACGAGGAGCUGAACAACAAGCCGUACGUGAUCAACGACCUCCUCGGCGCGGGAUACACCUUCAACUAAAUUUCUCGUUCGUGCGUCCUUCAGCCAUUUUGCACCGGUUUUGUUGCUGGGGGCGCUCUGUGAAUAGCGGUGUUGUGUUGUGAUUUUGGCUUUUAAUGGUUUUUGUUUAGAAGCUGCGAUGGGGGGAGGGGGAACCCCUUCUUUCUUUGGAGUCUUAGGAACCGGAUGAUGCUCUGGUUCCGGGGCGUUUCAUUUUCAUUUGGGCUCGUAGAAACGGUGUCAUGUCACCUUGUACAAAAUUCCGACCGUGUAACCAACCCGUGGGUGGUUCGUAUGUUACACCCUCGUGCGUGAGGCGUGCGGUUACUGUCCGCAGGUGAUGGAUCUAAAUAGGAGAUUGGGGCCCAUGUCGUUGGCGUGUCGGUUGUGCCUGGUGUUGCGACGCUUUGGCCUUGUGGAUGGCGCCGGUUGUUGCUGUUGCCCGUUUUGCCCUGUUUUUUGUCGAGUCGUCGUGUCAGGCUUGACCAUGAUGCGUACACCCGGGAGGCGUGCUGCGUCGAUCGUAGUUGUUCUCGCUUUGCAUCUCUUUGGGACUGAACGGGGGUCUGUGAAUGGACACAAAGUUUAGAACCCAACACCGAAAGAAGCUUGCACUGCUGUGCUUGCAAACGCUCUCCUCCCUUGUGUUUUUGAUUGGUGUAACCUGGCGAUGAUGGUCCUUGACGUUUAGCACCCGUGCUGCAGAUGCACCAGCACGUGAGGAGGAUUUGACUGAGAACAGAGUGUCUAAGAUGUUUUGUGCAUGGGUUGUGCCCUGGCAUUCAUGA